UACAAUUCAUUUCCACUCCAAUUUUUUCAGAUUUUAAUAUUUAAUCCCCUAAUAAUGAGAACACUAUUACAUAACGCAGAAAAAACAGUUGAAUGUAAAAAUUCACAAGUAAUUAAUUUACACGAAUAUAAACGAGUACUUAGACAGAGGAGAAUAAUGGCUGCAGCUACAGUUGGAACAAUGCUUGGCAUAAUAAUUUAUAUUAUUGCAAUUCUCUCCCCAAAUUGGGCAACAAUUGAUUUUACUAAUAAAAGACAAGAACAUGUUAAUGUACAAUUGGGUGUUUGGGGUGAAUAUCGUUCAGUAAAUACUUCGAAAAGAGUUGAGUGGAUCUCACACUUCCCCGAACCAGCUUCAGACAGAUUUUCAAGAUUAGCGGGUGUCUAUUUAAAACAUUAUUAUCGAGUACAAGCAGCAUUUUCUAUUAUCGCAAUUGCUAUGAUGGCAUUUGCAAAUGGAAUGGCAUUAUAUACAUUCAGUCACCACAGAUACAUGUUUAAAAGGGUGGUUGGCCUAUUAUUCUUAAUUAUUGCAAUGUGCAUAGUCGUAACAAUUGAAGUACUUAUUAACUCAGUUGAUGAAUGGAAUCUUGAGGUAAAAAUUCCAAAAAAAAGGAAAACUAAAAAUGAAUUUCUAUUAAAAUAG